AUCUUAUAAACUUUAAAAAUUUAAGAAAAGUUGAUGGUUGACUGCUUCCACAACUUCAACCACCAUUGCUACUCCCACAGUUCACCAAAUUAUCUUCUCGUCACGCCCAAAUUCAUAAACACCAAAAAAGCUAACAAUUAUAAUAAAGAGACAAUCUUUCUUCGUGGUUCCUGCUUUUGAGUUUUGACCACAAUUAAGUGACUGAUGCUUUAAUUCCAAGAGCCCACUCUCUCUCUCUCUCUCUCUGCAUUCAUUAAGAGAAAGCAAGGCGACCCACAUCAUCAUGUUCGGUUCUGCCUUUUGGAUUGGGUUCUGAUUUGAAGGGUCGAAUUGGAUUGCCAUGAAAAAUUUGUUUGGUGGGCGCCUUAAUUGUGGUUCAAGCACCUCAACCAAAAGGGUUUAGGCGUUGUGCAGCUGCCUUUUCAGUUUGAUGUACACAUCCACGACCUUAAGAUUGUAAUCUUGAGAUAAAGUUGGCAUCUUUUUUUCCAUUUGGGAAUAAAGAUACAUACGUGUAGUUCCAGUUUGUACUGUUCUUACUCUUCUGGGCCGAUUCCGGAUAGAGAAAAAGCCGGCCUCAAGCAUCAUAUUCCACUGCUCAAAGAUAUUCUGCUGCGGCUUCAAGAAAAUUUGUGGCGAAAGGAUUCUUUUUUUUUGUGUGUGGCAUGAACAUCAUAGGGGCUGAAGGUUUCUAAUCUGGGAAAGUUGUUUCCUCAAUGGGAAAUCAUGCCGAAAUUAUUGAAGGACUGCCACCAACUCAGACCAUCAAGGUACACGCUCAAAUGUGUUCAGAACUAUAUAAGGUGGUCGUCCGAGUUUCAAAGAAUUUUCCAGAAAUAGAAUCAGCCCGCCCUCGAUGCUCUUCAGGAAUAGAGGCACUUUGCUUGUUAAACAAUGGUAUUGUCAAAGCCAAGUCUCUGCUGCAGCACUGUAGUGAGUCGAGUGUACUUUAUCUGGCACUUACCGGAGAGGCAAUAUUGUCCAGAUGUAAAAAAUCGAGAAAUUUAUUGGAGCAGAGUCUCUGCCAAAUUCAAUCUAUGGUCCCAGUGAUGUUGGCUGCAAAGAUUUCUGGAAUAAUUGCUGAUCUCAGGAGUGCAGCUUUCUAUUUGGAUCCAUCUGAAGAGGAAGCUGGACGGGUUCUGCGGGAAUUGCUUCACAGAUAUGGCUCGACGGUUGAUUCAACAGAGGAAGCUGCACUUGCUGCUAUUCACACUGUUUCCUCCUGUCUUCGUAUUUCAUCACAAAAGGCUCUACUGAUUGAGAAAAGAUCCCUCAAAAGGUUGCUUGACAAAUUUGGCGAAAAUGAACCAAGCAAGAGGAAGAUCUUGAUAUUCUUCCUCAAUCUUCUGAAAAAAUAUGGAAAGGUUAUAGCAGAAACGCAAAAGGACGACGCUUCAUCAGAGCGUGGUAAUCCUUUCCAGAUUACAAACCCAUAUCUUUUAACAGAUGAUGUGGAUCUCCGUGCAGAUUAUAGGUCUAAUGAAGCUCAUAUCGACAUUUUAAGCAGGCCCGUGCCACCCGAGGAAUUCAUAUGCCCUCUAUCAUCGAGGUUAAUGUAUGACCCUGUCGUCAUUGCAUCAGGGCAAACUUAUGAAAGGAUGUGGAUCCAAAAGUGGUUCGAUGCAGGUCACGAUACGUGCCCCAAGACUAAUGUAAAGCUGCCUAAUUUGUCUUUCACAUCAAAUACCACUAUGAAGGAUCUAAUUAUCAAGUGGUCUGCAAUGCAUAGUGUGUCUGUUCCCGACCCAAAAAUGCAAGAGGGACUUCUUAUGUCUUGGGAUUCCAUCACUUCCGUUGCUAGUCUGACCAAUUCCAUGAAUGAUCUAAAUCUUCCACUGGAUUACAGCAAUGUGUCAAUCGAAUCUAGUCACAGUUCAGAACACUUGAGCACCAAGAUCAGUGACGAAGUGAGACUUGAUUGGGUAUUUCUAUCGAAAUUCAGUACACUUCCCUGGGAUUCUCAGUGCAAUGCAGUUGAGGGUGUCAAGAAUCUACUGAUACACAAUGAGCAAUCUUGGUCGGGUAUCCCGUCAAGAAAGUUUGUCCAACUAAUUCUUGGAUUUUUGAAGGACGCCCACGACCUUCAUGACAUGGAAGCGCAGAUGACAGGAUGUUUGCUAUUGUAUGAGGUGGUGCAGAAGCAGGGAAACAGUGUUUCGUAUGUGAAGGAAGACGAGUAUGGUCUGUUAGCAUCGCUUCUUGAUACAGAGGUCUCUAAGCAAGCUCUCUCCAUAUUGGGGGAGCUGUCUAACCACCAACAAUGUGGUCAGCAAAUUGCUGCUUCGGGUGCUCUCGUUGGCAUCUUUAACAUACUCGACAGCCAGAUUCAGGAACUGCUGGAACCAGCCUUGAAGAUACUGAGCAAUUUGUCUUCACACGGUGAUGUUGGUUCUUUCAUCAUUCCUUCAAAAUUGAUUCCCAAACUAAUCCCACUUUUCGAAGACGAUAGUUUGGCAAGUUACUGCAUAGCCAUUCUGAAGAACUUGUGUGACAACAAUCAAGAGGCUAGAGUUGCUGUUGCUGACACAGAUGGUUGUAUUGCUGCAAUCGCCAGACUACUUGAGAGAGACGAUCGAGAAGACCAAGAGCACGCAGUCUCGAUACUCCUUAUGCUGUGCUCACAGCGUGUUGAAUUCUGUCAGUUGGUCAUGGAGGAGGGCGUUAUCCCCGGCCUUUGCAGCAUCUCUCUCAAUGGGAACAAAGGAGCAAUGGUGAGGGCCACGGAACUGCUGCGGAUUCUGAAAAAGGAUACUGCUGGAGAAAACUCUGGAAACGAAGAUGCUAGUAAAGACGCUACGCCACAAUGGAAUGAUAGAAAUCCUCCUAAAGCAUCAGGAUUUUUGGGGAAACUUUUCACCAAAUCAAGUGCAAAGAAGAAGAAAUAGAACAACUCAAAUAAGGUAGUGUAUCGGAAUAUGGCUUGUUCAUAUCUUUAGCUGUUGAAGUAGAUUGAGAAUUGAAGAUAUUAGUCUGAUAUGAUAUAGUUAGCUGGUGAUUAGUAUUUCAUUUAAUACUAUUUUCGUAGAAGGUUUUUGAUCCAAGACGGCCAACUGUGGUCAUAGAUAGGUUUGUAUAGCAUUUUCUGGUUAUGUUGAUUUGGUGCACACAUUUCAUGAGGGUUUUUAAUUCUAUAUUAAUCCUUAUGAAA